AUGCAAUCAAAUGGUAUUAAAUUCAUGGCUUUGAUUAUGAUUGGUCUUGUAUUAUGUAUGAUGAGCAUGUCUGUUACAGGCAGAUCGCCUAUCCCGCCUGAAUACACUAAUCAGAUCCAGCCUACCCAGCCAAACCCGCGUAUUCAAAUCCAGCCUACCCAGCCUUCCCCAACUGUCUCACGUCCUCGUGAUUGGACAUGUGACUGUGGUCCACAAGUUCUUGACACUCAAGCGUGUUGUGGUGGUAUUGGUACAUUUAACAGUUUCCAACGGUGCCAAAAUGUAGAUAAUAAACAAAGUUUUGUUAAUUGCUGUGGUGGUCGACACUCUCACGGACGAUGUAAUUAA